CAGUAUCAUGGCUGCACAGCUCAGUUGACUACAACUGACAUCAGUUUCCUUUAAAUUAUGAAUUUAAGUUCUGCUAAUAAUACUGAAUAUGAUGUCAAAAUAUAAUGAUGGAAACUACAAUCAGUUUUAUUUCAUACAUGUGUAGUUUUGCUUGAGCAAAGGAGUUGAAUACCUCCAUGGCAGACAAUAAACAUAAAAUGAUCAGUCCCCGUAAAUGAUUUAAAGGAUUUUUUUUCUCAAGUGUUUACCAAGUGCUUUUGAACAGAGGAAAGGAUUUUUGAUAUACAUUUCUAAACAUGCUAUUUUUCUUAAAAAUUUUCUACUUGCACACAAAACAGAAUAAGAAAGAAAAUAAACAAAACGACCAGUGUCACUACUGAAAAACUGACUUUUUUAACCGACCUCUGUUGGUUUGUCUUUUAAGCUACACAGAAUAUAAAAUCUUCAGCAAAGGUUUGAGCUCACACCUAAGAAAGCAUCAUGACGACAACAAAAUAAAUCAGUUUAGACUCGAGAAAAAUAAUUUUUGAUUCCAAGAAAGGAGAUGAUGGGUAUGCAAAGUUAUCACUCACUGGAGUGACAAGUAUCAUCAAGAAAUUCAAAGAGAGACACUCGGUACAGAACAAGCCUAGCAGAGGUAGGAAGAGAAAGAUUUCAAAGACUCUUGGAAAAAAAACAACAAGUGAGAGAUGUGUCUAAAGACUCCAGAACAGCUGCCAAGAUCCGAGUGAGUGACUUCACCAAGCUUGGAAUCUGCAGGCUACAAUAUGCUACUUCAGAUAGUAGCUCCUACAUCCAUGUUUUGCAUUCUGUAAAGUUUAGUUGUUGAAUUUUCUGAGGAUCCUAAAACAUGAAAAAAGUCAUUUCUGAUGUUUCUCUUUAUUUAUUUAUUUGUAUGUACAAUAUCUUUGCUUAGUAAAUAGCCUUUAGUCAACAGGAGUUAUGAAAGAGUUUGUAUAUAAAACACAAAAAGUAGCUGCUUUCCCAAGUAUAUUUAUGACUUUGUGUUGUUUUACCUACUCUUAUGUCUGCAUUGCCGUCAUCAUAUAUCUUGAUUUAUAUUAUCAUUGUAGAACUGUUAAAUUUGUUGCAAUUUCUGCUAUCCUCUUGGCCUGAUCACUCCUGAAAAAUACAUUUUUAUAAGUCAGUGAAAGUUUUUGGCCUGAUCAAUAAAAGAUAUAUAAAACUCCCUUUGCCAAAAGCUGGUUGCAGCUUCUAUCUUAUGACAUGAUUGUUUUUUUCUGGCUUAAACUGACAUCAUCCACGAGAGAUGUCUUCGACAGAGUCUAGGCCAACGACUCCUUUACAACAUUUUAAAUCCCGGAAAUCAGUUUUAAACCGACAAACACUGUUUUUUCCCCUCUACGUUCUUGAGUUAUUAAGGAAUGGGUUCCUGGAUUUACAGCGAUUUUCCCUGUGUUCCGCAUCAGCUGAGGGCAUCCGGUGCAGGAUGGGAAACGUAGGGGGAGGGAUGCCUGCGUGAGGAAUAAAGCCACAGGCAUCUUUUAGUAGUAGCUAUUCGGCGUGGAUGUACUCGUAAAUUAAGAACAAAUUCAGAUUUUUGUUUUCAGAAAGCGUUUUGUUUAAAUGCCUAAAAGCGUCACACGGUGCUUCUUAUCAGUCGUUAAUUAACGCGCGUAAAAAUGUCCAAAUUAAAUAUCUAAUAAAAAAAAAUAAUAUUAAUAUCCAAAACGCUUGUAUAUUCGAGACAUAUUUUCGGCAUAUUUCGCGUUCUUAAUAUGUGUUACAUGGCCAUCGGCCUGGACACACCACGAUCUAUUUCCAGAUGAUGAAAACAGGGGGAAGCUAUGCUCUUAAAAUGGCAGAGAUGGAUUUAAAAACAGCCACAUCAGCGAUGGAAGCCUUGGUUCGCGCCACCUCUAACAUGAAGAGCCUGGAGCAUGAGUUGCAUUGCCCCGUGUGUAAGGAAAUAGUCAAACAGCCUGUGGUCCUGCCAUGCCUGCACAGCGUCUGUCUCUUGUGUGCCUCCGAGGUCUUGGUAGCAAAUGGAUACCCGCCUCCAGAGCUUCCACCAGAACCCAACUCACCAGCCUCCACACCCAACACCCGUUCACCUCGUCAGGCACGCAGGCCCACACCUAAAAAUGAACAACGGCCCAUCGACCGCGUGCUGCGUUCAGGUCCACACCCCCCUUCACCAUCCAUGCCAAGGUCUCCCGGUUAUGGGACGUACCCAGGUAGACGCCGUAAGGAAGGUCCACCCUUGGUGAUGAUGUUCCCCUGUAUCCCCUGCGGCAGAGAUGUUGAGCUGGGAGAGAAAGGCCUUACUGACUGUCUGCGCAACCUCACCUUGGAGCGUAUAGUGGAGAGGUACAGACACACGGUGAGUCUGGGCAGUGUGGCUGUGAUGUGCCAAUUCUGUAAGCCGCCUCAAACUCUGGAAGCCACCAAGGGCUGUGCUGACUGCAGGUCUAAUUUCUGCAAUGAGUGUUUCAAACUCUAUCACCCAUGGGGAACGCCACGGGCGCAGCAUGAGCACAUCCAGCCUACACUCAACUUCAGACCAAAGGUGCUGACUUGUCCAGAACACGACCAGGAGAAGCUGCAGUUCUAUUGUCGGUCAUGUCAGCGGCUGCUCUGCCCCCUCUGCAAACUGCGCCGCAUUCACACCGGACAUAAAAUCCUCCCAGUGGCCCAGGCGUACCAAGCGCUGAAGGAGAAGAUUACAAAGGAGAUGAACUACAUUCUGUCCAACCAGGACACAGUUCUGGCUCAGAUUACCCAGCUGGAGAGUUCCAUCACACAGACUGAGGUAAACAGCGUGUCGGCCAGAGAGCAGCUGGCUCAGAGCAUCAGGGAUUUGACGGCCGCUCUCGCCGAGCGUCACGCUUCACUCACCCAGGCUCUGGAGGGGGCACGGCAGAAACGAGGCGAGGCACUGGCUGCUCAAGUGGCGGAGAGACGUGGUUUGUUGGAGCACGCUGGGCUCAUGGCGUUCACGCAGGAACUGCUAAAAGAAACAGAUCAGCCCUGUUUUGUGCAGGCUUCUCGCCAGACUCAUAACAGGCUGAGUAAAGCAAUUGAGAAUCUGCAACAUUUCACACUAGCGGCCGAUCCAUCAUUCAGACACUUCCAGCUGGACGUCUCCAAAGAACUUAAACUCCUGACAGAGUUGAACUUCAUCCAGGUGCCCUUGGCUCCAGUGAUCGAUACCCAGCGUAGUCUGGCCUACGACCAGCUGUUCUUGUGCUGGCGACUGCCCCCGGAGUCUGCACCAUCCUGGCACUUUUCUGUAGAGUAUCGCCGUCGUGGCGUAGUACCAGGAGGAGCGUCCAGAGGUGGGAUCAGAGGAGGACUGGCUGCUGCACGCUGGGGCUGGCAGCGAUUGGACGAAGUGAGUGGAAGCAGCGCUGUGAUUGACAGGUUGGAAAUGGACAGCGUGUACGUGCUGCGGGUGAGAGGCUGCAACAAGGCGGGCUACGGAGAGUACAGCGAGGAGGUGUACCUGCACACCCCGCCUGCACCAGUGCUUAACUUCUACCUGGACUCUCGCUGGGGUCUCCAUGCCGACCGCCUGGUGGUCAGCAAAGAGCAGCGUUGUGCCCGCAGCGUCCCUGGUCUCUCUCUGCUGCAGGCUGCCGACCACGCCCUAACUUCCUGUCACCUGACUUCUGACCUACUUGUAGGGGAUGUAGCCAUUACACAAGGACGGCACUACUGGGCAUGCUCAGUGGAGCCUGGGUCUUACCUUGUGAAGGUGGGAGUGGGCCUGGAGUCCAAACUGCAGGAGUGGUUUCACCUUCCACAAGACAUGGCCAGUCCCCGCUAUGACCCAGACAGCGGCCAUGACAGCGGGGCAGAGGAUGCCCUGGAUUCUGCGCCGCCCUUCUGCUUUCUGACUAUGGGGAUGGGUAAAAUCUACCUGCCGCAGCACAGCUACCACCAUCAACAGCGGGACCCCAUCACCAACAGCAACGGCCAUUCAUCGCCCGCUGGCCUCACUUACCCGCUGCCGCCCCGGCUCGGUGUGUGCCUUGACUUUGAGAAAGGGCGCGUCACGUUCUACGAUGCCCAUUCCUUGCGGCCUCUUUGGGAAGGCCACGUGGAUUGCUCUGGCCCCGUGUGCCCCGCUUUCUGUUUCAUUGGUGGAGGGGCCCUACAGCUGCAAGAGCUGGUAGCCAAUCGCAACGCAGAUCAGACUCCGGUCAGACGGGUGACCAUCCAGCCGCGAGUUUCCAAUUUAAAUAAUGGCUGAUCUGAAGUUGGUAAUCUGGAAUGUAUUUGGUUAAUUUGUGAAGUAUUUACAAAGCUAGAGCGAAAAGUUAGACAUCUCAGCGAUUUUGGUUUGUAUUUAAUUUUCUUCUACAAGAAAAUGUUUCUAUAGCAACAAAUAUGCAAUGUAAUUAUGUUUCUUACAUUUUUGUUACAUGCAGUUUUGCAAGAGUUACUGCUUAAGUAGUGUCUGGACUAUCCAGCACCUGAUAUGUAAUUAUAUCUUUGAUGCUUGCACUUGUAGCCAGGCUAUACUGCAUACAUUUAUAAGGCUAAUGUAUACAUAGCUUCACACAGUGUCGUCUUUCAUGUAGAAGCUUUUAUUCUGUCAUUUCGUGUCCUUAAUGUUCCUCUUUUGUUUCAGAGAUAUGAACAUUAUGUGAAUACAAAAGAGCUUUUAUUGCAUCUAUAACUAAAUCUGUGUUUAACCACAGCUAAUGCUAGUCAUUCAGCCAUUAUGAUCCCAACCAAAGUGAUUGUUUUUCUGGGAUGUAAAUGUGGUAAAUUAGAGGUAGAGAGGAACAAUGAGGCAAUACUGUAAUUAGAGGCUCCAAUUAUACCUCUGCUGCACAGCUAAUCACUAGUUUCCACACUUCUGUUUGUGCAUCGCUGUUUUGGAUUUCAAAUAGUCUGAUGUCUGUGUGUGUGUGUGUGUGUGUGUGUGUGUGUGUGUGUGUGUGUGCGUGAGUGAGUGUAUGUGUGUGCAUUUGGGUGUUUAAUUCCCUGUUUUCGGGGGCGUGUGGCUUGACUGAUAACGGCACCGACUGGCAGAUAGUGAAAACUUGUUUUCUCGCACACAAUACUUUUGAUUUUUUUCCCCAACCUUGCUUGAUUGUAAGUUAAUGAGCAGCGCUUCUUAUGAAAAGAACAGAAGAUUAACGUGUAAACUUCGUCUGCUGACAAUGUUUGCAAAAGAAAAAUGGAUUAAGGAAGUAAACACUGAAUAAAUUCAAAUUGUUUAAAUUA